AUGUCAUCGUUCCACAACAAGAAGCUGGCUCUGAGUUCCCACAAUGACAGGCCCACGCCGCUGAACUUAGGCGCGAACAGCGAGAGCCACACCGGGAAGCGGAAGCUGCUCCGAUCCUUCCGGAGCUCGAGGAACGACACGUGCCCAGACUGCAAAGAAAAGGGAAUAGUUAUAUGCGAUAACAGUGAAGGGACGCAGAUAUGUAAUGGCUGUGGUCUUGUCCUGGAGAGCCGCAUCCUCUCGGAGGAACAAGAGUGGAGGAACUUUCACAGCGAUGGGCAGAUGAAGUCGAAUGAUCGUAACCGAGUGGGGGAGGUGAGUGACAUUUGGUUUGAAAACAACCUGACCAGCACGACGUUCAUCAAGUCGAGCAAGAAGCUGCAGCACCUGAAUAUGAUGACGCAGAUAAACAAGAGCGACCAGACGCUGCUGGCCGCCUUCAACAUCCUGAAGCUUAUAUGCGAGACGUUUUUCCUGCGUAGCAAUGUGAUUGAGCGGGCGAAGGAGAUAACGAAGGAGCUGCAGGAGAUGGAGCAGCUGAAGAACCGAAUAAACAACCUGAACAUGCUGGCCGUGGUGUACCUGGCCUGCAGGGAGGCGGGGCACAUCAAGAGCAUCAAGGAGCUGAUCACCUUCGACCGGUCCUUUAAGGAGAAGGACCUGGGCAAAACCAUAAACAAGCUGAAGAAGAUCCUCCCCUCCAGAGCCUUCGUCUACAACGAAAAUAUCUCGCACCUAAUUUUUACCCUAUCCAACCGGCUGCAAUUAUCUAUUGAUGUGAUCGAGGCAAUUGAGUAUGUGGUGAAGAAGGCCACGACGCUAAUUACAACGUCGCAUCGGUUGAACUCGCUCUGUGGGGGGUCCAUUCACCUCAUCGCAGAACUAAACGCAAGUGAGGAGAAGAACCUGAGUCUGCCGAACAUCGGGCAAAUUGCCGCUGUGUGUGGAGUGACUACGAACACGUUGAAGACCACCUUUAAGGAGCUGCUCAGCGCGGCGGACUACAUUUUGCCCGCCUACUACUUGGUGGGCAACAACUCCAAGCUGGCCUCGCUUCGGCAGAAGUACCUGAGCGACGACCGCCGCAGGAGGAACAAGUGA